AUGGAGCUCUCCGCCCAUUGUGAUCGAGUGCCUCCCCAACUAUGUCCAUCAUCUGGGGAGGAUCAGUCAACUAUGUACUGGGAUGUCCCGCUAAUAUCAGGGCAUACGGUAAGGGUUACCGUAUCUCUCCCGAGACAGCUGACGAAUACCGGGUGGUCCAGCGAUAUAGGCUGUCACUCGUCUUGCUCGGUCUGCAGGGGGGAGCAACAGAACUGGCGUGCAGGCAGGAUGCUGUUCCACAUGCGGCCAUGUCCACGACAUCUGCGGUCGCCCCUUCGACGCCCGGCGUCACCCCUAAAGGCGAUGCGGACGCAGAGGACCUGA